AUGGCGCUUCGUAUAAACCAAGUGAGCUUUCUUCUCAUUGUUGCUGCUGUGCUCGUGGUGAUGGUGGUCGCUUCCGCAGCCGGAGAAAGUUUUCAGGUUGAGUCUCUGGUGAAACAAGAUUCUGCAAAAGGAGAUGCAAAUUGGAAAGAAGUUUUUCCCAAUGAUUAUGGUUCUUGGAGCCCGACUCCAAAAGUUCGAAGAGGUACAGCAGCACCUGUUCCUCAUAAAUUUACACGACCACGUAAAAUGAAGGUGUGA